AUGGCUCUGAACGGUAUGAAUUGGACUUCCAGGUCUAGCGCAGCAACACCUCGGAGUCAACAUCCGCUUCCGGGCAGCUUUUCAGAUGACGACGAUUCAACCGUUCUGUACAGUGAAGAGGACGUAGAUGUACUCAAGAAAUGUCAAGUAUCCUUGGGCUUGAGCAGGAAAUACACUCCUAAAUGGCGUCCGAGAGAUGCUUUCAGAGAGCUUUAUCAGAACUGGAAAGACGGUAUACUGGCAUCAUUCGACCUGGAGCCGCGUUUCUUCAAACCAGUCAUUGCAGAAGAUGAUCGAUUCAUCAAAAUCACCGUCCACGCGCCUCGCUGCUCCAACGGCUCGAAAGAAGAUGCACAACAGCUGAUGGGCUAUGUCCAGUUUGAUAAAAAUGUUGGCUUGCUUGAAAUGACCAAUUUUCGGGCUCGAUUGGAGAGAGAGCAUCUCGAUCUUGGGGAGAGCAGCAAGAGAAGUGACCAAAAUCUUGCAGGCUGUCAUGGCGAGGGCUUCAAACUUGGGGCGCUUGUUAUGUUGAGGAAUGGCUACGCAACCAAGUUCGAGUCGAACUCGUUCUACUGGAAUUUCAGUCUGCGUGGCGCAAACGUACGCACGACCUUAUACUGUCAGCUCAAUCCAAAAGCUCCUCGUCUUGUGCAGAAAGAGAGGGAAGAGUUCGAAAAAAAGAGAAAGACACCAGGGUUUCGACGCGGCCUCACCUCCAAUAUCUGGGAGGACACUACUGUCAAAGUAGGCAAGGUCAAGAAUGGUGGCUAUGCAAUCUCGACGAUCGAUUUUCGCGCAUGGAUGAAAGUCGCACUCGACCUCGACAUUCCCGAGAAUGAACAGAUCAUACCCACUGACACCGGAGACCUCAUUCUCGCAGAAGAAUAUGCAGGACGAAUCUACCUCAAAGGUCUGAGAGUCGCUGGUCAAAGCUCUGCUAGGAAUGACUACCGUUUUGGCUACAACUUCCAUCAUGGAGCAAUAAGCAGAGACAGAGAAAGACUACUAGAUCGACACGACGAAGCCAAAAUGGUUGCCAGAAUCUGGGAGGAAUCCAUUGUACUCCGUGGAGACGCCGUGACAGAUCGUUACAUUAAGUUGUUUCGAGAUGAUGAUCAAGCACUCGAUAUCGCUUUACCUAACCAAAGUGUCUCUAGACUUGUCACGGACAAGAUAUGGAAGCGACUAAGACUCCAAAAUCCCCUGGCGUUCUUCUUCUCGGAAAAGGAGGUUACUACGACCAAUGUAAUGACCGAGGAAGUCAUUAUUACGAAGGACCUCGGAAAGCAGCCUUUCAAGCUACCAAAAGGAUUGUGGGAGCUCUUGAGAAAAUACUCGCUAGCUCGCACGCCGCACGAAGAAAGACUCUUCGUCUUCUCGAAUUCUCUGUCUGUCCCAAUUCCCGAUCAUCCUUUCUGUGUUCAGGUUGCACGAGCGCUCACAAGCUCACUGAAGCUGCAUGGAGCGUUACAGGAUAUUCAGGUCCAAUUUGUGAAUGGCGGCCUCUCGAGCAUCGACGUGCUGUUCACCGAGGAGCGGAACCUGCUUCAAAUCCACGGGAAGUGGCUCGACUACGCCAAUAUCCAUGAGAUAGCCGAGUGCAACUUCUUUCAAGCGAAAGGCGGACAAUUGUCGAAAGAUGAUAUAUUCUUCUGCGACCAUAUCGUCCAUGACUUAUUCGAACUGCUGCUUGGAGAAACGCAAGGCCCAUUGGAGCUCGACGCCCAAGAGUGUCGCAAGCUCCGAAAGAUGGCAGCUAAGAGGCUUCAUGAAAUGCCCCGGCACGUCCAGUUGAGCGCCACAGAAAAUGCAGGGGAGCUCUCCGUUCAGUGGGCGGGAAACCAGAGCAACUCAUUUUCCGAGAGAUAUGGGGCAAACAUCAGAUACCUUGUUAUCCUGCACAAGAUGGGCAUGUGUGAGGUGCAGAAAAACACUCUGCUCAGCCGGAUUGAUACAACUAGGAAUGGCGAUUUGCAUCAACAUCGAACACGGACCACUGCAGUCUGUGGUUGUCCUGUUCAGGCCAUUCCCGGCAACAAAUUCGAGGCUGUUUUUCAUGGCCUCGAUCAUCGCGAGGACUAUUUUCCCAUGGUGUCGCGAUUCGAGGACAAGGCAUUCUUUGGGUGGCCUCCAGCACCCGUCCGACCUACCGAAGCAGACAUUGCGUCGUCAUAUUCCUCAAUACCGACUCCCGGCCUUGACAUGGAGCGUCUUUCUACACCUGCAAGCGAAUCUGACGAAGAGAUAGAGUCUCUGGGGGAUGUCACGUACGAUACAGGCGAGGGCAGUAGUUCCAUUGAGCCGCAGUCCACGCCAGCCCUCUCGGUCGAAGUUCCACCGUCCAGGCUCGGUCGCAGCAGCGCGCCUGAAGCAACGUUCCCACACAGAUAUCGAUCUCGCGGCGCGAGUGAUGCCGAGGACUUGGUUGCCCGUGAUCUUUUGAACCAAGAUGAACUUGAUUGGAGAGUAUGGCAUGAGGAAGAACUACCGAUACAGUUCGCUAAGCUGCGCCCGAGUCGUGUACAAACCCAGCAUGAUGGAACGAGCCUAUCUAGUCUAGAAUGUGAACACCUGGACUACACUUUCGAGAAGGAUGAAUACGCCUGCAUCUACAGCGGCCCACAAGGAUUUGCCCGGCACGUCGUACUCGUGCAUGGCAUUCUUUCAAUCAACACUUGCAGCGGGUUUGGCUACCGUUUGCUGUGCACCAAGUACUCUUUUAUUGCCGAUAUGGACAUCUUCAAGGCACCAACGUCGGCCAUGCAAAACGCAUCGGGUUGGGAGGCAAACAGUGACAAAGAGCUCGUGCUGCAUUUUGGGAGCUUCGAUCACAUGGGAUUGGAAAGUGACGCCGAGGUAAUAGAAGUGACAGACAUUGUGCGCGCUCAUGGCCUUCACGAUGGCGCCCUGUCAACUUGUGGGGAUGGUGUUGAGCAUGUGGUGGCUCCACUCUUUGGUGAGGAUGGCUCUUUGUUGUUCUGCCGAAUUGCAAUCCGCGGUUCCGAGGAAUCUGGUACUGCGUGCCUGACGCCGCUAGCAUCUCAUCUCGUCAAGCGCGAAGGUCGUUGGAGACAUUGCCGUUUCAUGAAUGCCUCAGCACCGUCAGUUUUCGAUCUCUCAUCAAAUGUCCUCGGACCAUCGGAAGGAUUCUCACAGUCGGGGUUCUCCAUUCAUGCAGCCAUGGGCUUCGAUCAAUCCAGAGACGUCACUUGGAAGCUUCGCCAUCACACCAGCCAAGUAUACGACGGUAGCUGCCAUGCAAUAUCCGAUGACUUUCAACUAGGCCGGCUCCAUCCUUUCUCGACACCGGAUCCAAAGCCCCCAAAGAUCGCACUCCUUGCAGGAGACCCGGGAAACUUCAGAUUGAACAGCUUGAACACUAAGCUUCCGACCACGGAGGAAUUCUUGAGGCCCUUAACAGCUAUCAACAAAAUUGCAGAGAAUGUCAACCCCGAUUUCAUCGUCUUGCUGUUGUCGCCGAGUGUACUCCAUCCUCGUGCCAUGACUGACUUUCUGUCAACCAUCAUUCAGUUGCUCGAAAGAAAGAUGUCGGUCCAUAUCAAGCUUAUACCUCUGAAGAAUUAUGGUCUUCCUCAGGAUCGGAGUGUACUUACUGUGGUGGCGGCUCCCUUCUGCGGCCUACUUCCUUGGGAACCUUUCUGUGCUCCGGACAGCCUUCAGCCCGAGACCAACGUUGCCGAUAUGCUCCGAGACCUAUCUUUCGAAAAUCCACGGAAUGUUCAUGGAAAUGGAGUUGGGUUCAUCUGCUCAGCGCCUAGUCAGCUAGAGUCUGACCAGCCAGACUGUCGGGCAAAGCAUGUCUAUAACCAUAUGACGGGGCAGCGACCGUCUGUCGAUGGCUCCAGUACUGUUGAAUUAGGCUCCAGCCUGACGCUACAUAACGGGACAAAAUUCUGGGUACAUCCAAGCCGAAAAGAUCGAGUCACUGUGCGUGAACUUGCGCGCAUCCAGGGCUUCCCUGACGACUUCGUGUUCUAUGGACCGGAAGAACUGCAGUACGAGAGCGUCUGUCGGGCAGUGCCACCUGUGAUCGCGAAGAAAGUUGCGCAGACGAUUCGACGUGCCAUCGAGACUAGGUCGUUGGCAGGGAAGGUGGCGAAUCGAGGCGAUCUUAGGCAAAGCAGUAAGAGAGCAAGAGUCGAAGAUGAUACGGAAGGAAUGUGA